AUGGGGAAAGAACCACCAUCCAAGCAUGUGGAGAACGUCAAUGUUGAGGACCAGGGAGACGAGCUCCACGUUUCCCAGUCUAAGGUGAACAUUAGUGGAACUGUCAAGCUCUCUGCGGGCAAAAUUGUCUAUAUCCCGACGCCUACUAGUGAUCCUCGAGACCCACUGAACAUGCAGAAAUGGCAGAAGGCCAUGAUUCUGAUUGCCAUCUCCCUAUUCUCAACUAUUGGACUGUCGCUCGUCUCCGGUUUUGGCGGCCUCUUGGGCUUCUAUAUUCCCGGUUAUGCGGCUGCCGGCAAAACCUACGCUGAUAUUACCUCUCUUAUGACUUAUCCAACCUUGACCAUGGGUAUUGGCAACUUGAUCGGCAUGCCAUUAGCCAUCGCAGUUGGCCGGCGCAUUGUUCUUCUCACUGCGACCGCCAUCAUGGUCGUUGGUGCCAUUCUCUGCGCAUUUGCAUCAAACUUUGAGUGGCACCUGGGAGCGCGUAUGCUCAUCGGUAUUGCCGCGGGUCAGAGUGAGGCUCUCGUCCCUAUGAUCACCCAGGAAAUCUUCUUCCUCCACGAAAGGAGUACAUUCCUCAUGCUCCAGCAGUCCAUCCAAACCAUUGCCACAGCUGUCUUCGUCCUGUUCGCCAGUCCCAUCGCCGAAGCUAUCACCCCCGGGUGGUGGUAUGGCCUUGGUGCCUGUCUCUCCGGAGCUUCCCUGGUCAUUGCAUUUUUCUUCGUCCCAGAGACAAAGUACCACCGCUCUCGAUCCUCCUAUCAAGAGAACUCAUCCACAGAAGAUGUAGCAUCAGGAAAGGAAGAUCUGACAAUCGCUACCGAGAAACCUGAGCUCGACUUUGUCAACUACGAGGCUCGCACUUGGCGUUCUGAUCUUCGUCUUUGGGUCGGUUCUCCUGAAUGGAGAAAGGGAAUGGAGACUUUCAUCCAAUCCUUCCAAUUCCUCCUCUUCCCCAACGUCCUCUGGGCCAUGGCCCUCAACGGUCUAACCCUAGGCGUCAACAUCGCCAUCGGCACAACAUACGGCAACAUCGUAACAGGAAUGUACAACUGGCCCCAAAAGUCCGCCAGCUACGUGAACUGCGGCCAAAUCGUGACAUCCCUCCUCGCCCUCCCAAUCUUCGGCUUCGGCUCCGACAGACUCAUCGCCUGGUUCGCCAAGCGAAGAAACGGCAUCCACGAGCCCGAGAUCCGUCUUCUCCCGCUCAUUUUCCCCAUCAUCGUCGGCGUGUUCACCGCAAUCUUGUACGGGUAUGGCGCUACCUAUCCAGGCACUUAUCACUGGUUUGUCUUUGUCUGGGCUGUCGCUGCUUAUUAUUUCACCUUCGUCGGUGCGAAUAUCGUGGCUAUUACCUAUCUGCUUGAUAGUUAUCCGCAGCGCGCGAGUCCGUUGUUGAUUAUUAUUUGUGCGUUCCGGGGUAUUAUCUCGUUUGGUGUUAGUUAUGGUAUUCAGCCGUUUAUUGAGCGCAAUGGGUAUGAUGGUGCGUUUAAUACAUUUGGUGGGUUGACUGCUGCUUUGGGGUUGUUGGGGAUUCCGGUGUUUAUUUGGGGAAAGAAGAUUCGUCAACGUACUGGAAGGUAUACCGUUGACAAGGAGUAA